UCGGCAUUUAACGCCCAAAUUAAACUAUGCGGAGAAGGCUGACGCUAUUUGCGUGUGAUGGACAGCGUCAAAUGGACCACAUUAAGUAACCCAGAAUAAGGGUUCACUCUCUCUGACCUGGACCAUGAGCAAUGACUCGCCUGUACUGACAAGCCUGACGGAGAACUCCACCGAGGUACCAGUGUCAGCAGGACGGGUGGAGAACUAUGUGAUCCUGCUGGUCCUGCUGUGUGUGUUCGCUGGAGGUUCACUGAUCCUGUUGCUGUUCUGUCACCGCUGCUCUGUGGGCAGCCGCCGAUACUCCAGGGCCAGUGAUGAUCCAGAGAAGACUAAUACCACCUAUGUGGAGGAUUCACAGCCCACACAAGACAUCACUAUAAGGCUAGAUGAGUCAGAUGCUCUCUCACCGUCUAGCUGCCAUGAUGAAGAGACAGACAGGUUCAUGUCCACCUGCUCUACUGGCCGCCGUGUCUCCUUCAAUGAGUCAGCUCUUUACGAAAAGGAGAGCAAGACUCAGGACAAAGGACGCAGAUACACCCUCACAGAAGGGGACUUCCAUCACCUGAAGAAGGCCCGUCUGACCCAUCUCCCCCUGGCCCCCCCUCCCUCUACCCUGAAGAUCCUCACCAUCAUGGAGUGUGAGUCUACAGAGAGCAGCAGCCUCAACGUCAACGAACCGCCCACUCCCAAACUCCCACUGUACCCCCUCUACCAGUCUUCUGAGAGGGCUGGGCCCGCCUGGUUGUGCCAGAGCUCUGGUAGUGCCCUCCCUGGAGACAUCCACCACUACAUCCUACUGGACUCCAGACUCAGCCACAGUCCACCAAUCCUGUGCCCCCCAACCCCCCGCUCCAGAACCGCGGAGUCCGUAGGGGACGGACCACGGGUUAGGACAGAAGGAGAGAUGGAGAUUACAGGGAUGAGAGGAGUGGGGGGAACGUUUCCGGCCCCCCUCCACCGGGGUUCCGUUCUGCACUUCUUCUGCAAACUGAGACGGCAUGCCAGCUUGGAGGGGGCCGGGCCUUACUUCAGGAAGUGGAAGUUUGACAGCAGCCAUCGUGCCGCCAGUCUAGACGCCAAAGGCUCUCCUAAGAAACGUCCAUUCAGAGAGCAGAGAGCAGCCAGUGAUAACACAGACCCAACUGAAGAGGACUCACCCCCUCCUCACCCUUCUCCCUCUCCAGCAGGCCUCCAGUUCUCUCUGCAGGUCGCUAUUCCCCCCACCUGCCCACCCUCACCCUGUCUCAGCAGGUUAGAGGUGGAGGCGGUGGUAGAGGCUGCCAGCAGCAGCAGGACAGAGAGAAACGCAACUCACCCACCACCAGAGCCCCCUGAGACCCAAGAGAGAGGGCAAGAGCCUGGGGAGGAAGCGACGAGAACAGGGACAGGGUUAUGGAGAGAAGCUGGGGCAGUGACAAGAACAGAAGCAAGAGAGGAGGUCAAUGAAUGGGUUGGGCCAGGAGAAGAGUCAGAUGAAGAUGAAGAGGAAGAGAAAGAUAUUUUAGGGACAGAACAAAGGGUGGGUAUGGGAUCAGAGAUAAUGGAAGGUCUGUGUGCAGACGAAGCCCAAGAGGGAGGAGAACGUUUCCAGGCAGAGCUAGGAGCUGAGGCAAGGAUAAGGGCAAGGACUGCGGAUGGGUUGGGGGCCACUCCAAAUACAGAAGCAGGGAUGGGGGUAAGAGCCAAGACAGGGGUAGGGGCUGUUCUGGGAACAGAAAGAGAGGUCGAGUCAGGAGACAGGUUUGAGUCAACGUUAGAGGUGGGGGCAAUAAUAGGGGCAGAAUUAGUAGUUGAGGCAGGGCUAGGGGCAUCAGGGGUGAGGAUAAAGGCAGAUUCUGGAUCAGGGUUAGAAGGGGUGCUAAGUGCUGGAGCAGGGCCAGGGUUAUGGGAAGAUCCAGGGCCUCGAUCAAGGUCUGGGUCUGGGGUGUGUAUCAGUCGACAGGAGAGCUCUGAGACCCAGCCCUCUCUGUACAGAGACAUCUGGAGCCUGCGAGCCUCUCUGGAGCAGUAUGCCUCCUCGGACCAGAGCAGCACGGACAGGGAGUCCAUACGCAGCGACGCCGACAGCGUGUGUUCACUAGGAGGCGCUGCAGCCCGGUCCGGCUUUGCUGCCUGUCUCUCCCAGGACCUUGGCGACGAACUGGAGGAAGAAUGGGAGUAUGGGGACACGGGAAGGGAGGGGGGAGACAGAGGACAGAGGGAGACAGAGGGGGAGGCGGAAUACAGGGACACUGGAAGAAAGAUUGGGCACAGGGGGGUCCAGAGGAGAGAUAGUGAGGGAGGAGGAGGAGAAGGCGGAACCGGGGUAGGAGGAGGAGGUGAAGGGGAGGCGGGCAGCCGGAAGCUCCUGCAGAUGGAUAGUGGGUACACGUCCAUUGAGGCUCCGAUGCGGGCCCCUGAGGAGCUGAGGCUGUUCGGGGCCCCUGUAGGCCCUCGAGGGAAGACGGCGUCGGAGAGAAGGCUGUUCUUCACCAGCUCUGGGAGGAAGGGCACCGUGUGUGAGAGCUUCGAGGCCAAGGUGUUCCAGGAGGAGCUGGAGGAUGAGAUGGGAAAGAGUACUGAGGGGGAAGAGAAACCUUUGAAGAGGUCCCCAAGGUCUUCUAAUGGAGGAAAGACGCUUAUUCUCAAAGAACCACCACAUUCGGUAUCACCACUAAAAUCGCUACAACUGCAACAACUGCCGCUACAGUUGCCCCAACCCCAACCUCUUCCCUCGCCACGGCCCGUACGCCUCCGUCGGCGUGACUACAGCAUAGACGAGAAGACGGACGCACUGUUCAACGAGUUCCUGCGUCACGAUCCCCGCUUCGACCAGCAGGAGUCGCCGCUGCGCUCCCGGCACCGCUCGCGCAUCCACCUUCGCAAGCAGUGGCAGCGCCACAAGCAGUACAGCGACCCGGGGUCUGGUGCUGGGGGGCGCUACUCGCCCUCUCUGGAGAGGCAGAGUUUCAGACCCUUACGGAGGGGCGACAGUGCGGGAUACCCUCUAGACACACGCUAUCACAGCACACUGUCUCGUAUCGCCAGCGCAGCCGACGAGGAGACCAGUGAGGGGGCGGCUAGCGAGGGAGCAACCAAUGAGGGUGCGGCCUGUGAGGGUGCGGUGCAUGAGAGCACACACGUUAAGGACUCAACCAAUCAGGGCACAGGGAAUGAGACUGUAGCCAAUCAGGACGCAGCUAGUCUGUCAUCUGACACACUGAGGGCUGAGGCCAGUGGGAUGGACCCGAGGGUAGACAAUUACAACAACAACAGUAGCCAAGCUUUGACUCUAUCAGAGAGUUACUCCUCUGUCCCCACACAGAACCAUCCUGUGGCUCUCCCUAAGUCCCUGAAAGACUCCCACAUAGAUCCCCCUAUUCUCCACAUUGAAGAACCUGAAUCCCCAGGCUUAAAUUCCCAUCCUCAGCCCCAGGCUCAGGCUCGAUCCCCUUGCCUGUCUGAUAAGCUUUCUGUGACCCUGGAGGACAGGCUCUACACUGGGCUGUGGAGGACAGGGCAGGGUCAGGGAGGACCAGAGUAUGUGGUUGGAGCCAUCUCCCUCUCCUCUUCUCCUGAGCCCUCCAGCCCUGUGUAGCCGGCCGCCAGUUAGGUUCAUGUCAUCUCACUUCAGUUCAUUCAAUGGAUGAUUUUGUUCUAUUUCUACUAUAUAGCAUUAAAUAAACAAAAGACCUUCCCACAUGUAAGUGACACACCCUUUUCUCUGGCUUUGAACACUUCCUCAUGACUGACAUCACUUCCUGUACAGGUAUAGGCAUUUGCAUCGCUUGCUGUUUGAUUGAUAGUUCGUGCUAUCUGGGGUCCUUGGGGUGUCCCAAUCCUAAACCUAACCUUAACCACUACCCUAACCAUAACCCUAACCCUUACCUAACCUUAACCGUUUUAAAUUUCAACUUCAAUUGGGUGACAUCAGAUUUGACACGUCCCAAGGAUACCGUUUAGACUUAGAGGCUCUGAUACAGGUUUCUUGACUGAUACUUUACGCAAUUCAUAUGAUAUGACAAUAUGGCUAUUGGCUGCACUCUCUAUUCUCUUCCAGUGUGACUCCCUACAGCCGUAUGUUACCAUGAAACUAGGUGCUGUGGCAUCUUUUCUGGUAGACUAUGAAAGAUAGAAAUCUGCGACCUUAGAUUUCCAUAUUUACCGGUAUAUUCUUGCUUUAGAUAGAUAUUCAUCUCGGUUAACCCAGAACUAAAACCUUGCGUAAAUUGGUCAACAUAUUCGAGCAACAGUAGUUGUCACGAAGGGAUAUCUAUGUCAGUAAUCAAGUUUUCAAGAUAUAUAACUUUCAAAAUAUAGAAAUACAGCCGGUAUGAUGCAUUUUGAAAGUUAUAUAUCUUUGAGAACUUGAUUACUGACAUGCAAAAUAUGUUUGGACUAUAUCAACAAUGGAAUGAAACAUAUACCAAAAUAUAAUUUUUGGGUGAAAUUUUCACUUUAAGCACUGCCUUCGCCCCAAUCCUGAUGCUCCAAAUAACCAGUGAUGAAAACCCAAAGACCAGAACUUUGUCCCAUGCAGCCCAUCCCUUCGUGACAGAUUAUACGUUUCUACGAGAGAUUAGAUAGCUAUCCUUGCUAGGAAAUUAGAUAUCCAAUUCCUAGCUAGAUUGUUGCUAGCAUUUAAACACGCCCCUAUCCAUAUUGACGGGACGGCAGUGGAGAAGGUGGAAAGCUUCAAGUUCCUCGGUAUACACAUCACUGACGAUCUGAAAUGGUCCACCCAC